GAGAGGAGAGGAGAGACACGUACGUACCCUCCUGCUGUUGCUACCCACCGGCGUAGCUGCUCGCUAUAUAUCCGUCCCGUCCAUCUCGCUCGCGCAGAGCCCUGCGGACGCCGUCCUCUCCUCCACUCCAUCACCCACAUGCCACGGCCUCACCACCACCUGACUGGCUGACCACGCACACAGUCGCCGUCACUACUCAGCAGCAGCGGCAAGCAUCGAUUGAUCAUGUUAGCCGGCGAGCUCUCGGCGCACCCGACCUCGUCCUCGUCGUCCCCUCACGGCGCGCCGCCGCGGAGAGGAGUGGAACGAGACGAGAUUAGGCCGGCGACGGCGGCGACAUCGCCGGGAGGCGGCAAGCAGCGCCGGCGCGGGGCGUGGGCGGCGGCGCUGGACCACCGGCGGGCGGGGUGGGGGUGGGACCGCGCGUACCUGCUGGCCUGCGCGGCGGGUCUCGUGGUCGACCCGCUCUUCCUGUACGCCGUGUGCCUCAGCGCGCCGCUCAUGUGCGUCUUCCUCGACGGCUGGUUCGCCGCCGCGGUCACCGCGCUCCGGUGCGCGCCGGACGCCAUGCACGCCUGGAACCUGCUGCUGCGGCUCCGGGACGCGCGCGCCCCGCCGCUGCCGCCGCCGGCGCGGGAGGACGCGGACGAGGAGGCGGCGCGGCCGGGGCGCGACGGCGCCGCCGCCGUGCCAGGACGGGCCAGGUCCAAGAAAGGGAUCCUCUUGGACGUGUUCGUCAUCCUCCCGGUGAUGCAGGUAGUCGUCUGGGUGGCGGCGCCGGCGAUGAUACGCGCCGGGUCGACGACGGCCGUCAUGACGGUGCUGCUGGUGGCGUUCCUGUUCGAGUACCUGCCCAAGAUCUACCACUCCGUCCGCGUCCUGCGCCGGAUGCAGGACGCCUCCGGCUACGUCUUCGGCACCAUCUGGUGGGGGAUCGCGCUCAACCUCAUGGCCUACUUCGUCGCCGCUCAUGCGGUGGGCGCGUGCUGGUACCUGCUCGGCGCGCAGCGGGCCACCAAGUGCCUCAGGGAGCAGUGCGCCCAGGGCGGGAGCGGGUGCGCGCCCUGGGCGCUCGCGUGCGCGGAUCCGCUCUACUACGGCGGCGCCACCGCGGCGGCGGCGCCAGGCAGGCUCGCCUGGGCCGGCAACGCCACCGCCAGGGGCACGUGCCUCGAUAGCGGUGACCACUACCAGUACGGGGCGUACAAGUGGACGGUCAUGCUGGUGGCCAACCCCAGCAGGGUCGAGAGGAUCCUGCUCCCGAUAUUCUGGGGCUUAAUGACUCUCAGCACGUUCGGGAACCUGGAGAGCACGACGGAGUGGCUGGAGAUCGUGUUCAACAUCAUCACCAUCACCGGCGGACUGGUCCUCGUGACCAUGCUCAUCGGCAACAUCAAGGUGUUCCUGAACGCGACGACGUCGAGGAAGCAGGCGAUGCACACGCGGCUUCGGAGCGUGGAGCUGUGGAUGAAGCGCAAGAGCCUGCCCAAGAGCUUCCGGCACCGGGUGCGGCAGUACGAGCGGCAGCGGUGGGCGGCCACGCGCGGCGUCGACGAGUGCCGCAUCGUCCGUGACCUGCCCGAGGGGCUCCGAAGGGACAUCAAGUACCACCUCUGCCUCGACCUCGUGCGCCAGGUGCCGCUGUUCCAGCACAUGGACGACCUGGUGCUGGAGAACAUCUGCGACAGGGUCAAGUCCCUCAUAUUUCCCAAAGGAGAAGUCAUCGUCAGGGAAGGGGACCCGGUGAGGCGGAUGCUGUUCAUCGUGCGGGGCCACCUGCAGAGCAGCCAGGCGCUCCGGAACGGCGGCACGAGCUGCUGCACGCUGGGCCCGGGCAACUUCAGCGGCGACGAGCUCCUGUCGUGGUGCCUGCGCCGGCCGUUCAUGGAGCGGCUGCCGGCGUCGUCGUCGACGCUGGCGACGCUCGAGAGCACCGAGGCGUUCGGGCUCGACGCCGCCGACGUCAAGUACGUGACGCAGCACUUCCGGUAUACCUUCACCAACGACAGGGUGCGGCGGAGCGCGCGAUACUACUCGCCCGGGUGGCGCACGUGGGCGGCCGUGGCCGUGCAGCUCGCGUGGCGGAGGUACAGGCACCGCAAGACGCUCACGUCGCUCUCCUUCAUCCGCCCGCGGCGGCCGCUGUCGAGGUGCUCGUCGCUGGGGGAGGAGAAGCUCAGGCUCUACACCGCGCUGCUCACCUCGCCCAAGCCCAACCAGGACGAUCUGCUGUGAGUGACAGAGAUGCGCGCAUGCGUGACAGGAACGGCCGCGUGUGCACUACUCGUAAGUGAAUGUGAGAUUGAACUCGAGCCUUGGAGAUGGAGCUCCAGGUGCACUGCUUUAAUGGCUUUACACAUGGCCCGUGAUGUGUGGUUAACACUAUUAAAUCCUAUUUACUAAGCAUGCGCAGCAACUUAAGAGGCCUAUCCAAUUGUUCCAUGC